CACUGCUCCGCCACGGGAGUUUUACUGACAUCCCCGCGGCCGUGCGUGCCAAGGAAGAGUGGUACAAUCCGGCGCUCCUGCUGCUGCCGUUGCUGCUGCUGCCGUUGCCGACACACACGUGUGGUUGCCACCAGCCGAACUCCUAUGUGUCAGACGCUGUCGCGUUUCAUCACCACUAUAUUUCCCACAUCACUUACGCCGCCGCUGGUUUACGCAGUGUGUUUUCGUAUGUGUGUGUGUGUGCCUGUGUUCGUGGCUGAUGCGCUGUGUUUAACACUGGAAUCUGCUGGACGUUAGAGGUUGAUCAAGAAGGUGUGAGAGCGGGAUAUUUUGUCUCUAUUCAUUGAUGAUUGACCCGGUGCUCGCCAAGUUUGGAUAUUUGAAGAGAAAGUUUGUGCCUGGCCCAAGGGGGAUGGGAUUGUGAAAUCAGACCAGACCAGGUGUUUGGGAGUCGAAGGGAGCGGGAGGCGUCCCUGCAGCAGUGUUCCGGAGCCUGGGGCCGCCGGCGCAGCAUGUAGCCAGACAUGGAGGCCAGGGAGCCGCAGCGGACCUACAGCUCCAUCGCCCGCACCGGCCGGCGGGAGCGCGGCCGAGACGCCGCCGGAGGAGGAGGAGGAAUGCUGGCGCGUGACGCUGGCGAGCGGGAGUGGGAGAGGGAGCAGGAGCGAGAGAUGGAGAGAGAGAGGGAGAGAGAGAUGGAGAGAGAGAGGGAGAGAGAGGGAGGCUACGGCGAGCGUCGGCACACGGCCUCCUCCUCCUCGUCUUCCGCGGUCCUCACGCAGAAGUCGUACAGCUCGAGCGACACUCUGCGCGCUCUGGAGCACACAGACUCUGUGGCCGCCACCGCGGCACAGACCCUCUACCCACCGCGCCACCGCAUGCCCGACAUGGUGCCCCGCGAGCGCCAGGAGUACCGGGGGACAGCCCAAACCCUGUCGCUGAGGCAGCUUGGUAUAUGCAACCCCGCUCCUCGCAGGGGGCUGAGCUUCUGUGCAGAGACCGGCCUAUCACACGAGAGGGGCGGGGCAGACCACACCCCGGGCGGGCUUCCGUCGGACUGCGCCAUCCGUCUGUGGGGUAGGGGGGGGCUGAAACCCCACGGACCCGUGUCUCAUCUGUCCAGCCGCUCCAACUCCGCACUCACGCUCACAGACACCGAGCAGGACAACAAAUCAGACAACGAAAGCGAGCCGCUGUCCAGCCAGCAGAGCCCGCCCCCUCUACCGGCCGCCUCUCACCAGCACAAGCAGACGCCGUCAAUCACCUCGCUCAACCACGCCCUGGCCAAUCAAACGACAGAGCUACAGAGUGCCUCACAGUGUGUGCAGCUGCAGGAGAACUGGGUGCUGGGCAGCAAUGUAGCCCUGGAGAGCAGGCACUUCCUGUUUAAGACAGGCACUGGCACCAACUCCCUCUUUGCGGCGGCAGCCCCUGGCUACGCCAUGGCAGCCGGCUCGGUGUACACCCACCCGGCCCGUCCUCUGCCCAGAAACACCCUCACCAGGGGGGCCUUCAAGUUCAAGAAGUCUCCCAAGUACUGCACCUGGAAAUGCACCGCCCUCAGUGCUGUGGGAGUGGCCAUCCUGCUGUCAAUCAUACUCUGCUACUGCAUAGCUAUGCAUUUGUUGGGCCUGAACUGGCGUCUGCGUGAUGCGGAGACCCAUGCCUUUGAGAACGGACGCUCCAGGGCAGUUCCCACGCCCACUGCUGCUGUAACCACGCUGCCAUCUCCAGACAGGGGUCGGACAGCUGUGUCUCCUCAGCAUGAGAAUGUGACUUUGGACACGGGUCAAGUGGGGUUGGGGCAGAGGGCAGGCCAGAUCGUCCCCCCUGGCGUCUUCUGGCGCUCGCGAUUGGCCAUGGAGGAGCCCAACUUCCUCAAGUUCAACAUCUCCAUCCACAAGAACGCCCUGAUUGGUGUCUACGGGAGGAAGGGCUUGCCGCCCACCCACACACAGUAUGAUUUUGUGGAGUUGCUGGACGGCAGUAGGCUGAUCAUCCCAGAAGAGCAUCCCCAGACGGCCCCAGGGCUGCGGGACGCAGUGGAGAGACCAGUGGCCAUGCACGAGGCCGGCUUCUUCCACUACCUGGACUCAGGUGUGUGGCACCUGGCCUUCUACAACGACGGACGCAACACUGAGCAGGUGUCCUACAAGACCAACAUCCUGGAGGCCGUGAUGGAGUGUCCAUUUAACUGUAACGGGAAUGGGGAGUGCCUCUCUGGCACGUGCCAGUGUUUCCCCGGAUUCCUCGGGCCCUACUGCUCCAGAGCUGCCUGUCCUGUUCUGUGCAGUGGUAACGGGCAGUACACCAGGGGACGCUGUGAGUGCCACAGCGGGUGGAAGGGCACAGAGUGUGACAUCCCCAGCAGCCAGUGCGUGGACCUGCUGUGUGGGGGUCACGGUGUGUGUGUGCGGGGCUCCUGUGUCUGCAACACGGGCUACAAAGGCGAGAGCUGUGAUCAAGUGGACUGCAUGGACCCCACCUGCUCGGGCCAUGGGCUGUGUCUGCACGGCCGGUGCCACUGCGGGCCGGGAUGGAGUGGACCCAGCUGCCAGGCCAAGUCCAGCACCUGCCCCGCGGACUGCUCUGGGCAUGGGACCUACCAGAUGGAGACGGAGACCUGCCUCUGUGAGCCCGGUUACACUGGAUCAGACUGCUCCUCAGAGGUGUGUGUGGUGGACUGUACCCCUCAUGGCGUGUGUGUCGGCGGCUCGUGCCACUGUGAGGACGGCUGGCGAGGGACGCGGUGUGACGAACAGGAGUGUGACCCACCCUGCGGUGACCACGGCGUGUGCCGCGACGCCGUGUGUGAGUGUCACCCAGGCUGGGCCGGCGAGAGCUGCAGCAUCGCUCACUAUAUGGACAAGGUUGUCAAAGCAGACAAGAUAGGAUACAAAGACGGUUGCCCGGGGCUGUGCAACAGUAACGGCCGCUGCACGCUGGACCAGACCGGCUGGCACUGCCUCUGCCAGGUCGGGUGGAGGGGCGCCGGGUGCGACAUCGCCAUGGAGACCGCCUGCACCGACGGCAAAGAUAACGAAGGAGAUGGUCUGGUGGACUGCAUGGACCCUGACUGCUGUCUGCAGAGCUCCUGUCAGGCGACUCCAUUCUGCCGCGGCUCUCCUGACCCCAGUGGCAUUGUGGGAAUUCAGCCUAGCGCCGCUCCCCAGAACUUCUACCAGCGUGUCAGCUUUCUGAUUGGCCCUGGAGGAAGCCACACACUUCCUGGAGACAACCCCUUCAACAGCAGUCUGGUGACUGUUAUCCGGGGGCAGGUGUUGACGAUGGAUGGAACACCAUUGAUUGGAGUGAACGUAUCUUUCCCCCACCUACCAGAGUAUGGGUACACCAUCACCCGACAAGAUGGCUUGUUCGACUUGCUGGCCAAUGGCGGUGCUUCGUUGGUGCUGAGCUUCGAGCGCGCUCCAUACGCCGCCGUCCAGCUCUCCGUCUGGGUGCCCUGGAACGUGUUCCAUGUGAUGCAGCCACUCGUGAUGCACCACAACACCAAAGACACGCCCUCCUGCAACCUGAGUGGACUAGAGAGGCCCCGCCCCCGCCUCACUGCCACUCCCCUCUCGGUGUUCUUUAGCUCCUCCCCUGAAGCCAGCCCUGUUGUACCUGAGACUCAGGUCCUGCAUGAGCAGACUCAUUUUCCUGGGAGUGAGCUUAAGCUGGUGUACCUGAGCUCUCGGGCAUCUGGCUACAGGCCUGUGCUGAAGGUGACGUUGACCCCUGCGGCCGUGCCCUUCGGUCUGUCCAAGGUGCACCUGAGGCUGUCCGUGGAGGGCAGGAUGCUCCAGAAGUGGUUUCCUGCCGCGCCCCACCUCUCCUACACACUGCUCUGGGAUAAGACCGACGCCUACGGCCAGAAGGUCUACGGCCUGGGCCAAGCUGUAGUGUCCGUGGGCUUUGAGUAUGAAGCGUGCCUGAGUGUGGUUCUGUGGGAGAAGAGGAGUAUCGCACUGCAGGGAUACCAGCUCGACCCCUCCCACAUGGGGGGCUGGACACUGGACAAGCAUCAUGCUCUGGACGUGGCCAACGGCAUCCUCUUCAAGGGCAGCGGAGAGCAGCGCCUGCUCUCUCUCCUGCCCCCCGUCAUCGCCACGGUGAUGGGCAACGGGCGGCGGCGCAGCAUCUCCUGCCCUAGCUGUAAUGGGCAGGCAGAGGGCAACAAGCUUCUUGCCCCCGUGGCGCUGGCAUGGGGCCUGGAUGGCAGCCUCUAUGUUGGGGACUUCAACUACAUCAGGCGCAUCUACCCCUCGAGGAACGUCAGCAGCAUCAUGGAGCUCAGGAACAAAGACUUCAGGCACAGCAACAACCCUGCCCACCGGUACUACCUGGCCACUGAUCCGGUGACAGGGCAGCUGUACGUCUCGGACACCAACUCGCGCCGCAUCUACAGGCCCCGGGCCCUGGGGAGCAGCGUUGAGCCCCAGCAGAAUGUGGAGGUGGUGGUGGGCACAGGGGAGCACUGUCUGCCCUUCGACGAGGCCCACUGCGGGGAUGGAGGACAGGCGACCGAGGCCUCGCUGGCCGGACCCAAAGGCAUCGUUGUGGACAAGGACGGAUUGAUCUAUUUUGUCGACGGAACAGUGAUCCGGAAAGUGGACAAGACAGGGGUCAUCUCCACAGUAAUGGGAUCCAACGACCUUGCUUCUGCUCGACCACUGGCGUGUGAUGCUGCAAUGGACAUCCAUCAGGUUGUGUUAGAGUGGCCUACUGACCUGGCCAUCAACCCCGUGGAUAACUCCCUGUACGUGCUGGAUGGGAACUUGGUGCUGCGUGUGUUCGAGGGCGGUCAGACCAGCGUGGUGGCGGGGCGGCCGCUGCACUGCCCAGGACCCCUCCAGAGCCAGCGGCCCACGGAGAUCCAGCUGGCCAGCCACACGGCCCUGGACAGCCCGAGUGCCAUCGCUGUGUCCUACGCCGGUGAGCUCUUCAUCGCCGAGACUGACGAGAAGAAGAUGAGCCGCAUCCAACGUGUGUCGGCCGACGGCGAGAUCACCCACCUGGCCGGGGCGCCGUCCGAGUGCGACUGCCGGAAUGACGUGAACUGCGACUGCUACCUGACCGGCGACGGCUACGCCAAGGACGCGCGGCUCAACGGGCCGUCGUCCAUCGUGGCUGCGCCCGACGGUACCCUGUACGUGGCCGACCUCGGAAACAUCCGGAUCAGAGCCAUCGGGCAGACCCGCCCGCCGGUCAACGCCGCCGGCCUGUACGAGGUGGCGUCUCCUGAGUCGGAAGAACUCUAUCUGUUCAGCGCCAACGGGACACACCGCCACACGCUCAACCUCGUCAUGGGCGACUACAAGUACAACUUCACCUACGACAACGAGGGUGGCCUCAGCGGAGUGACCGAUUGCCACGGCAACACGCUCCGCAUCAGACGUGACGCCGGCCAAGUGCCCGUCCGGCUCAUCGCCCCCGACAACCAGGUGAUCUGGAUGGCUGUGGACCCAAAGGACCAUCUGAAGUCCCUCACAGCACAGGGGCACGAGCUCGUCCAGUUCACAUACCAUGGCGACAGUGGCCUCUUGGCCACUAAGACCAUCGCCAACGGCUGGACCACAUUCUAUGAGUAUGAUGUGGAGGGAAAGCUCUACAACGUUACUUUUCCCUCCGGUGUUGUCACUAAUCUCCGUGGCGACAUGGAGACAGAUUUCACUGUCACCUUGACAACCUCUGGCCAGGAGGACGAUGCCAGCAUCGCCGCCAACCACACGUCCAUUCAGGCAGUUUUCACUUUGUCUCAGGACCAGCUGAGGAACAGCUACGUGCUGGGCUAUGACCGAUCCCUGAGGAUCCUCUAUGCCAACGGCAUGGACUCCCACUAUCAGACCGAGCCCCACAUAUUGGCCGGCCCGUCCUGUCCAAUUGUGGCACGCCGGAACAUGACGCUGCCCAGCGAGAGUGGGCAGAAUCUGGUGGAGUGGCGCUUCCGGAAGGAACAGUCGAGGGCAAAGGUCACAGUGUUUGGACGAAAACUACGGGUGAAUGGCCGUAACAUUCUGUCAGUGGACUAUGACCGCCUACUGCGGACGGAGAGGAUCUAUGAUGACCACCGCAAAUUCCUGCUGAAGAUUCUGUACGACGCGGCCGGCCAGCCCGUGCUGUGGACGCCCAGCAGUAAACUGCUGCCCGUCAACAUCACCCGCACCAGCGGCGGUCUCAUCAGCGCCCUCCAGUGGGGAUCUGAGGCAGAGCGAGUGGAGUACGACAACCAGGGACGGCUCGUCACUAGAGAGUUCCCCGAUGGCAAGACCUGGACCUACACCUACAUGGAGCAGGCCGUGGUGCUGCUCUUGGCCAGCCAGAGGCAGUAUGUGUUUGAGUACGACUCCCACGGACUCCUGUCCGGUGUCACCAUGCCCAGUCUGGCGCGCUACACCAUGCACACGGUCCGCUCUCUCGGGUACUACAGCAACCUCUAUCACCCGCCCGAGAGCAACGCCUCCGUCGCCAUCGACUACCGGGAGGACGGACUCCUCUUACGAGUGGCCCAUCACGGAACGGGCCGGCGGAUCUUGUACCGGUACCGGUGGCAGAACAAACUGUCGGAGGUUCUGUACGACAGCACGAAAGUCACCUUCACUUUCGAUGAGACGGUCGGUGUGUUGAAAACCAUAAACCUGCAGAACGAGGCGUUCAUCUGCACUAUCCGCUACAGACAGCUGGGGGCGCUAGUGGACCGGCAGAUUUACCGCUUCAACGAGGACGGCAUGGUGAACGCGCGCUUCGACUACGCCUACGAUGGGAGCCUCCGGGUGGCCAGUGUCCAAGGAGUCAUCAACGAGACGCCACUUCCGAUUGACCUCUACCAGUACGAUGACAUCUCUGGAAAGCUGGAACAAUUUGGCAAGUUCGGGGUGAUCUACUACGACAUUAACCAGAUCAUUUCCACCUCGGUCAUGACCUACAGCAAGCACUUCGAUGGCCACGGGCGGAUCAAAGAGAUACAGUACGAGGUGUUCCGGACGGUCAUGUAUUGGAUCGCCUUCCAGUACGACGCCGCGGGCCGAGUCAUGAAGAAGGAGAUGAAGAUCGGGCCGUACGCCAACUCCACCAAGUACACCUUCGAGUACGACGUGGAUGGCCAGCUGCAGGUGGCGUCUCUGAACGACCGGGUGUCGUGGCGCUACAGCUACGACCUGAACGGGAACCUGCACCUGAUGAACCCCGGCAACAGCCCCCGACUGACUCCUCUCCGCUACGACCUCCGUGACCACAUCACGCGCCUGGGUGACCUCCAGUACCAGCUGGACGAGGACGGCUUCCUGCGCCAGCGAGGCUCCGACGUCUUCGAGUACAACUCCAAGGGCCUCCUGGAGCGCGUCUACAGCAAGUCGCUGGGCUGGAGCGUCCGUUACCGCUACGACGGCCUCGGCCGACGCGUCUCCUCCAAGAGCAGCCUCGGUCGGCACCUGCAGUAUUUCUACGCUGACCUGACCUACCCGAGCCGCAUCACACACGUGUACAACCACACGAGCCUGGAGAUCACCUCGCUCUACUACGACCUGCAGGGACACCUGUUCGCCAUGGAGAUGAGCAGCGGGAAAGAGUUCUACAUCGCCUGCGACAACACGGGCACGCCGCUGGCCGUCUUCAGCAGCGAGGGCCUCCUCCUGAAGCAGGUGCAGUACACGGCCUACGGCGAGGUGCACCUGGACUCCAACCCCGACCUGCCACUCCCACUGGGUUUCCAUGGCGGCCUGUACGACCCCCUCACCAAGCUGGUCCACUUCGGCGAGCGGGACUUUGACAUCAUGGCAGGCCGCUGGACCACCCCUUGUCCCACUGCUUUCAAAGACUUGGGGAAGGACCCCCGGCCUUUCAACCUGUACAUGUUCCGGAACAACGACCCCAUUAGUAAAGGUCACAAUGUGCGGGAGUAUGUCACAGAUGUAAACACCUGGCUGGUAACCUUUGGCUUUCACCUGCACAACACCAUACCUGGUUUCCCUGCCCCCAAGUUUGACAUCAACAAUCCGUCAUAUGAACUAAUGAAGAGCCAGCUUUGGGACGACCUCCCACCUAUCUUUGGGAUGCAGCAGGACGUGUCCAGGCAAGCUGAGGCCUUCCUCUCAUUCAAGCGCCUGCCUGAGAUCCAGUUUGGACCGGCCCCGCACACAGAGAGACCAUGGCUGUGGUUCGCCCCGAGCGCAUCGCUAAUCGGCCGCGGUGUCAUGUUGGCCGUUAGCCGAGGCCGAGCCGUGGUGACACGCACACUCAGUACCACCAGCGAGGAUUGUGUCCAGCUGGCCACCGUGCUCAACGGCGCCAUCUACCUGCAGGACCUGCACUACAUGCUGGACGGCUGCGACACGCACCACUUUGUGAAGCCGGGCUCGGCGGACACCGACCUGGCCGUGCUGCAGCUCACCAGCGGCAAACGGUCGCUGGAGAACGGCGUCAACGUGACCGUGUGGCAGUCGACGGCCGUGGCGUCGGGCGGCCGCACGCGCCGCCUGGUGGACGUGGAGCUGCGGAGCGGCGGGCUGGCGCUGCACUUGCGCUACGGCACCACGCAGGACGAGGAGCGCGAGCGCAUUCUGGAGCUGGCCCGCCAGAGGGCGCUGGUGAGCGCAUGGGCCCGGGAGCAGCAGAGGGUGCGGGACGGAGAGGAAGGCGCCCGCCUGUGGACCGAGGGUGAGAAGAGGCAGCUGCUGAGCGGGGGCAAGGUCCCGGGGUAUGACGGCUACUAUGUCCUCUCUGUGGAGCAGCACCCAGAGCUAGCCGACAGCACCAACAACAUCCAGUUCCUCCGGCAAAACGAGAUCGGAAAGAGGUAACAUACAGUACCCCUUCCGCUUUCUCUAGACAAAACCACCUGAGACUUCAACCCUGAGGUAACACAUGAUCGCUGAAAGCAGAGGAUGCUGUGAGUUUUGUUCUAGUUACAGCAACGGACAAAAACAGUCCGCUGACGUGGCAAGAGCAGAGAGAAGUGGACCAUUUCUCUGCUUUCGAGAACUGUUGAGCACAGUUCUGCUUUGAAAUCAGACUGCUAACAUGUGAGCAAGACUUUCUAGCUGGAGGGGAGAUUAGGGGGUGCCAAGUGGACCUAGGACUAAUGACCCCUGCUGUAAAUUGGGUGCAAUAACACGGUAACGGUGGGAACAGCAAAUAGUCGUGAUUAGGUUCGUCCUGUGUAAAGAUGGCUGGUGUGACAUGCAGCACAACACUUUGGAGAUCAUUUUUACACGAAGGGACGUGCAAGUCAGCAAAUAUUGAGCAACGCUGUGCGUUGAGCCACAAUGUAUACUCUGUAAUUGUAUGAAGCCUUACUAAGGCAAGCGUCUCAACAGCACAACUCCAUACGCCUGAGUCACCACCGUCACAAGCAAACUAAUGUACAGUGAAAAUAUUUUAUAAGAUAGAUUCUAUCUUGUCUAUUUAUUUGUCUAUUUAUUUGUUUGUCCAUUUGUUUAGUUAGUUUGUAUAAGCAUAGUAGUCAUUUGAAAAUAUCAGAAACAUACAUGGGCAUGAGCAAAAGACUUACAGUAUCACUCCCAUCUGAGUGUAACAGAGUUGGAAGGCAUAAAAAAAAACUUUAGUCUGUAUCUGAGAGUAUGAAUUGUAUGAAAUUGUCACUUUGUAUCUGCUUUGUAAAUGUGUGUUUCUAAAGCGUUGAGAUCCAGGUGAAAUAGAUUCCCAACCAUAAGUCUACCGUGGAAAAAAAAACAUACAACCACUACCACCAUCUACAAUAAACACAACAACAGUUACUAGUGUUUUAUUUAGUCUUGGGUUUAUGAGGACCAAACGAACAUAUGUUCCUGAAUCACUAAAUAUUCUGUCAACUGACAGUGAUAUUGAGACGGUUCAGCGUUCGAUUGAUGAAGAAGAAGCAAGCUCCUUAGCACAGACGAUAAUGGGAAUGGAAAUCUAGCAGUGCUUGUCUAAGAAUUAAAUAGAAUUCUUCAUCACAUAAUGGUCACAGUGGCAGUCAUUUUAUGUUAAGUAUUUAUACUUUAUCAAUAAAAAGUGAAACAGUCAAA